AUGUUUCGUGCUGCCAUUCGAGGUGCCCUUUUAGCCCCGAAGAAGGAGGUGUUUCAGCGUAACAAGCCACACCUGAUCAUCGGUACUAUUGGACACGUUGAUCAUGGCAAGACAACACUUACGUCGGCCAUCACGACGGUUCUGUCGAAGCAUGGGAAUACGAGGGCACUUGACUACUUCGCCAUUGAUAAAUCUCCGGAAGAAAAAAAUCGCAAGAUUACGAUCAAUGCCACUCACGUGGAGUACGAAUCAGAAAAGCGUCAUUAUGGGCACAUUGAUUGCCCAGGUCACAUGGACUUUGUGAAGAACAUGAUUACAGGUGCUGCACAGAUGGAUGGCGGCAUUCUUGUGGUGGCAGCUAACGACGGAUGCAUGCCGCAGACGCGUGAGCACCUGCUUAUUUGUUCGCAGAUUGGCCUUCCUGCUCUUGUAUGCUUUAUCAAUAAGUGUGACAUGAUGCAAGGGCAGGAGGACAUGAUUGAGCUUGUGGAAAUGGAGGUACGUGAACUUUUGGAGAAGUACAAGUUCCCUGCGGAGGAGACGCCAUUUGUGCGGGGGUCUGCGGUGAAGGCAUUGGAGGGUGAUGCUGAAAAUGAAGGAAAGAUUUUGGAGCUUGUAAAAAAAUGUGAUGAAUGGAUUCCAGACCCACCGCGUGCCACCGACAAACCGUUCCUUAUGGCCAUUGAGCACGUUUUUGAGGUUGGAAAGGAUAAGAAGGCCGUUGUUGUGAGCGGGCGUGUGGACCAGGGGCAGUUGAAGGUCGGCGCAGAUGCAGAACUUUCUGGGUUCAGCGCAAAGAAGCUGACGGUGAAGGUUGCUAGCAUCGAAAUGUACCAUAAAAUUCUGGAGGAUUGCAUGCCUGGUGACUCUGUUGGCGCGAAGAUCGUUGGCAGUGGUGAAACAGUGAAUCUGUCGAAGGAAAAUGUGGAACGCGGCAUGGUACUCUCCGCACCAGGUGCAACGUCACUGUUCAACAAGGUCCGCGCGCAGGUGUACGUGUUGACAAAGGAAGAAGGCGGUCGUCACACAGCCUUUAGUCCUCACUAUCGUCCGCAGCUUUUCUUCCACUGUGCUGAUGUCACGGCGGAUAUUAACUUCCCAGAAAGCGAGAAGCUUGCAGGGGAACUGAACAAAAAGUAUGGCCGUGACGCGGCGGAACAGAAGAAGAAGGAGGCAGAACUGAAAGAGUUUGAAAAGACGCUUGUCUGCAUGCCUGGUGAUAACCGCGAACUCCUGCUCACCCUUGCCUAUCCAAUGCCAAUGGAAAAGGGACUCAAGUUCACCAUCCGUGAGGGGAAGAUCACAGUCGGCUGGGGGUCCGUGACAGAAUGCCUCGCACUCGAUCCGAAGGUGAGCAUUGAGGGCAUCAAGCACACGAAGGCGGUGACAGGAAAGGGAAAGAAGAAGUAA